CUCUCCGAGCCGAGCUUUACACUGCGCGGAUUCGCCCAGGUACGCAUCCUGGUUGGGAAGAGAAGACAUUGAAUUAUAGACGCAGGGAGAGAGAGAGAAGGCUUUGGACAUUUUAAAGAGCACAAACGCCUCUUUUGGUUUUCAUUUCCCGUUUUUUUAACGCAGACGCCAUCGCCAUGAAGACGCUGCUUCUGGCCGCCCUGCUCGGGGCGGUGCUGGUGUCCGCGGCCCGGGGCGCCGACGGCGAGAUGUCGUUCGAGUACCACCGCUACGACGAGCUGCGGAAGGCGCUGGUGUCCGUGUGGCUGCAGUGUCCCACGGUCACCCGCAUCUACACCAUCGGGGAGAGCUUCGAGGGCCGGGAGAUGCUGGUCCUGGAGAUGUCCGACAACCCCGGCACACACGAACCAGGAGAGCCGGAGUUCAAGUACAUCGCCAACAUGCACGGCAAUGAGGCGGUGGGCAGGGAGCUGCUGGUCUACCUGGCCCAGUACCUGUGCAACCAGUACCAGCAGGGCAACCGGACCGUGGUGGACCUCCUGCACGACACGCGCAUCCACCUCAUGCCGUCCAUGAACCCCGACGGCUUCGAGAAAGCCGCCUCGCAGCCCGGAGAGAUCAAGGACUGGUUUGUGGGCCGCACCAACGCCCAGGGGGUGGACCUGAACCGCAACUUCCCCGACCUGGACAGAAUCAUCUACCUCAACCAGCGGGAGGGCGGGGCCAACAACCACCUGCUGCAGAACAUCAAGAAAUCUGUGGAUGACAACACGAAGCUGGCCCCCGAGACCAAGGCGGUGAUCCACUGGAUCAUGGAGAUCCCCUUCGUCCUGUCUGCUAACCUCCAUGGUGGAGACGUGGUGGCCAACUACCCUUACGAUGAGACCCGCACUGGCUCCGCCCACGAGUACAGCGCCAGCCCUGACGACGCCAUGUUCAAGUCCCUGGCGAAGGCGUACUCCGUUUACAACCCCGUCAUGUCCGACCCUCAGCGAGCGCCCUGCCGCCAGAACGACGACGACUCCAGCUUCACGGACGGCAUCACCAACGGGGGCGCCUGGUACAGCGUGCCGGGGGGGAUGCAGGACUUCAACUAUCUGAGCAGCAACUGUUUCGAGAUCACGCUGGAGCUCAGCUGCGACAAAUUCCCCGGCGAGGACUCGCUGAAGACCUACUGGGACCAGAACCGCGACUCGCUGGUCAACUACAUCCAGCAGGUGCAUCGUGGCGUCAAGGGCUUUGUUCGAGACCUGCAGGGCAACGCCAUCACCAACGCCACCAUCGCUGUGGAGGGAAUUGACCAUGACAUCACCACAGCCAAAGACGGCGACUACUGGCGCCUGCUGCCUCCCGGGAACUACAAGGUGGCCGCCUCCGCCCCGGGAUACCUGACCGUCAUCAAGAAGGUGGCGGUCCCUCACAGCCCCGCCACCAGGGUGGACUUUGAGCUGGAGUCUCUGAUGGAGAGGAAGGAGGAGGAGAGGGAGGAGCUGAUGGACUGGUGGAAGAUGAUGUCAGAGACGCUCAACUUCUAAGCACGAACCCCCCCACCCCCCACUUCACCCCCACCCCCCCACUGUCUUUUUGUGUCUUUCCUUCUCUCCUUUCCUUCUUUCCACCUCACCUCCGAUAUUCCGCACACUGACAGACACAGGAAGUAGUUAGUUUUUUCUUUGGUCGUGAGGGAUUACCGUACCGUACUUUGUCCUUUUAAUGUGACCUGUAACCAUGGCGACUGCCUGUAUAACCAAUGAGAGGCUCCUCCUCCUCAUCCUUUUGUUGCGCACGUGCACACAAGACUGAAAAGAACAGAUAAGAUGGGAAAAUACUAUAAAUACAAAUACUAUAAACGUAAACACAGUAAAAUAGUAAUAUACUAUAUCCUCGUGUAUUAACAGCAACACACACACACACACACACACACACCCUGGAAGGAACUUCCUCUGCAAGGUGAAGAUUCCCACGGUGCGUUUGUGUGCGUGUCCGUGUGCACCUCGGUCGUACGGAGGAUAAUUACUGAAUGUAUCGCUGUUCAAUCUUGUACUUCUAGAAGAUUCUAAACAAUAAAACUUCCUCUUUAUGUUGCCAAA